UUAAAUUUUCAUAAAUUAUUAAAAAAAAUCUCCAUUUUCUUUCCUUUACAAUUGUACGGCUUAAGAUUCCUCCACACAAACAAACACCUAUUUCUCAAUCUCAAAAACCAAGACAAACCACACCACUGCUACAGAUCAAAUCCAUUCACGUUUCUUUGUAUUUUCAUUUCUCUCUGUAUUUCUCAGAUAUGGCUGGCACGUGCACCGGCGACGGCGGCGGAGGUUGUGGUGGAGGAGCGGGAGCGGGAGCGGGAGAGAUCAUGCUGUUUGGCGUGAGAGUGGUGGUUGAUUCGAUGAGGAAAAGUGUUAGUUUGAAUAACUUAUCUCAAUAUGAACAUCAUAUUGUAGGAAAUGAGGCUGUUAACAGAGAUGCUGCCGUUAAGGAUGACGUGGCUAAUGUUUCUGGUUAUGCGUCUGCGGACGACGCCGUUCCGCACAGUUCUAGCACGCGCGGCGAACGCAAACGAGGUGUGCCGUGGACGGAGGAGGAGCAUAAGCUGUUUUUGUUAGGAUUGCAGAAGGUUGGAAAAGGAGAUUGGAGAGGCAUUUCUAGAAAUUUUGUCAAAACUCGAACUCCGACGCAGGUGGCUAGCCAUGCUCAAAAGUAUUUUCUUCGCCGGAGUAAUCUUAAUCGCCGCCGCCGUCGAUCUAGCCUCUUUGAUAUCACCACCGAUACGGUAACGGCAUUUCCAAUGGAGGAACAAGUUCAUCGCCAGGACAAGAACAAGAACAACAGCAGUUCACCAGUACAAUCACCCGCGCUACCUGAAACCAGCAAUUUCACUUUGAUGCCAGUUUCAGCGGCUUUUUCUAUAAGCACCACUCCUGUUGUAUUGCCUCUUCCGAUUGAGUCUCCAACAGAGAAUUUAUCUCUGUUACAUGGCAAUCCAGUGGCUAAUUUAAUCCGACCGGUACCCAUCAUGCCAUCAGCUCCGUUCGGAUCUGGGAUAUCCGAUCUUAACUUAAAUCUGCAGUGUAUUGACUCGUCAACAUUGUCUCUCAAGCUGUCUUUACAAUCUGAUCAGAAGGAAGCACCCUCAGCAGCAGCAGGAACGUCAAGGCAUUCGGCUUUUCAGGUGAUGUCUAGCUUCAACAAUGGAGAUGGCAUUAUUACUGUUGCUUGAGGAAGUACUAAUGAAAACCAAGUGAAUAAUUUAGAUAAUAUGGGUUAGAUUCAGAAGGUCUAAGGAAAAAAAAAAGUAAAUUAGAUGGCUGGGAAAUUUAAUGGUUUUCUUUUGGAUGUACAGACCAAGACAAAAGAAUUGUCAUCACUCUUGUUGGUUUUAUGUUUAUCAGCUUUUAGGUUCUUUGUUCUUUUGUUUGUAGCUUGAUGAUAUGACUCAAAGCAAUAAAUCCAAGUACCUUCUUUGUUCUUCACUAA